CUCCUCCCUGUGUGUGUGUGUGUGUGUGUGUGUGUGUAGCGGGUGGGUGACAGCUGGGCUCGCUGCGCUCCGCUCCAGUCUAAGCUUCUCCAAAUAGGAUGACUGUCGGCUUUUGUGGAAGGGACUGCUUACAUCUCCUCCGUAGCUAGUUCUGGGACACCCGCUCGGUUCGCUCCGUUCAUUUUUCACCUGAAGGGUAACACCUCGCUUUUCCCCCUCCCUUCGCCCUUUGUAGCCUGGAUUUCCGAUGGAUAUUCCGAUUUGAGCGCGGCAUGUAACAAAAAAGAAGCGCAAGAGAGAAAAGUCGCGCUCGGCGUUGUUAUUCUGAGACGAGCACCAUCCGAACUGCUGCGAGAGACCCAUCUAAUGGAUUAUUAACAGCUGAGCCACUGCGAGGGACAUCCAUUCAUGAGCUGAAGGGGUCCUAACUCUGUCAGUGAAGCACAGAUUCCAUUGUUGCAGCCGACAGACGGUGAAGCGCCGCGGCUUUCUCUGUAAUUGCGUGCACGUGAAGGCUAAGCCAAAUCUCUAGAGGACCAGCAGCAGCAGCAGCAGCAGCAGCAGCAGCAGUGUUGGUGCGACCAUGAGGUCAGAGGCCUUGGUACUCUACUUCACGCUACUGCAAAUAGCCGGGGCGGGCUUCCCCGAGGACAGCGAGCCCAUUAGCAUCUCACAUGGCAACUACACAAAACAAUAUCCAGCAUUUGUGGGCCACAAACCUGGAAGGAACAACACGCAGCGGCACAAACUGGACAUCCAGCUCAUCAUGAUCAUGAACAGGACGUUAUACGUCGCGGCCAGGGAUCACAUUUACACGGUGGACACCGAGACAGCCAACGGGGACGAGAUUUUUUUCAGCAAGAAAAUGACAUGGAAGUCCAGACAGGGAGACGUGGACACCUGCAGAAUGAAAGGAAAGCACAAGGAUGAGUGUCACAAUUUCAUCAAAGUCCUCCUGCAGCAAAAUGACGACGCCUUGUUUGUUUGUGGAACAAACGCCUUCAAUCCCUCCUGUCGAACCUUCAAGAUGGACACCAUGGAGCCGCUGGGAGAAGAGAUCAGUGGAAUGGCACGAUGUCCGUAUGACGCCAAGCACGCAAACGUUGCCCUUUUUGCAGAUGGCAAGCUGUACUCAGCCACCGUAACAGACUUCCUAGCGAUCGAUGCGGUCAUCUAUCGAAGCCUUGGCGACAGCCCGACUCUUCGCACUGUCAAACAUGACUCCAAAUGGCUGAAAGAACCGUACUUUGUCCAGGCAGUCAAUUACGGAGACUUCAUCUAUUUCUUCUUUCGGGAAAUUGCCAUGGAGUACAACACAAUGGGAAAGGUGGUGUUUCCUCGUGUGGCGAGGGUUUGUAAGAACGACCGGGGCGGCUCGCCUCGUGUCCUGGAGAAGCAGUGGACCUCGUUUCUAAAAUCCCGCCUGAACUGCUCCAUCCCCGGAGACUCUCACUUCUACUUCAACAUCCUUCAGGCUGUGACAGAUGUCCUCCACAUCAACGGGAGAGACGUCGUCAUGGCAACUUUCUCAACACCUUACAACAGUAUUCCGGGCUCAGCGGUGUGUGCUUAUGACAUGGCGGAGGUGGCGCACACAUUUACGGGGCGCUUCAAAGAGCAGAAAUCCCCAGACUCCACCUGGACGCCUUUUCCUGAAGAGAAGGUUCCCAAACCGAGACCGGGCAAUUGCGCUGGUUCUCCAUCCAUGGAGAGGUACAAGGUAUCCAACGAGUUCCCCGACGACACACUCAACUUCAUCAAGAUGCAUCCUCUGAUGGACGAGGCCGUGCCCUCCAUUGCUAACAGACCCUGGUUUCUCAAGACCAUGGUGCGGUACCGUCUGACGCGCAUUGUGGUCGACAACAAAGCGGGCCCCCAUAAGAACCACACGGUUGUGUUCUUGGGAUCGGAGAAAGGCAUCAUCCUCAAGUUCCUGGCCAAGAUGAACAACGGCUUUCUCAACGACAGCCUGUUCCUAGAAGAGCUGAACGUCUACAACCCUGACAGGUGCAGUAUAGAUGGUGUGGACGACAAACGCAUCAUCGGGAUGCAGAUAGACACCAGGGGCCAUGCCCUGUGGGUGGCUUUCACCUCAUGUGUGGUCAAAGUACCGCUGUCUCGAUGCGAAAGACAUGGACGAUGCAAAAAGUCCUGUAUAGCCUCCAGGGAUCCAUACUGUGGUUGGGUGUCAGAAGGUUCCUGUAGACAAGUGGUCAGCAACCCUAAAUCCGCCUUUGAGCAGGACGUGGAGCGUGGUAACACAGAUGGCCUGGGAGACUGCCAAAAUACAUUUGUGGCUCUGAAUGACAACGCUUCUGGUUACGAAGGCCACCAUCACCAUCAUCACACUCUCUCACUUCCCACCCCGGCCCUCCCCGAGGCCGCAGAGGGCCCCCUGGGGCGGGGCCGCAUGGUGGAGAGGAAGGACCCCCCCAUGAGCUCAGACAAAGGGGAGGACCCGUACGUGGCCGUGCCCUCUCAGACUCAACCAGAAGCCAAUGGUGUGAUCCGUGAGAGCUACCAGAAGGGUCGUGACCAGCUGGUUCCUGUGACCCUGCUGGCCAUAGCUGUCAUCCUGGCAUUUGCAAUGGGCGCCAUCUUCUCAGGCCUCAUCGUUUACUGCGUGUGUGACCACCGGCGGCGGGAUCUGGGCCUGACGGGUCACAAGGAAAAGGACAACCUCCACUCCCGCCGAGGAUCAAUGAACAGCGUGACCAAGCUGUCUGGCCUGUUUGAGACUCAGGCCAAAGACGGUCGCCCGGAGGCGAUCCUCACCCCUUUGAUGCAUAACGGGCGACUUACCAAUGGGAAAAUGUUGAUAAAAGCUGACCAGCACCACCUGGACCUCGCUGCUCUGCCAACACCUGAAUCCACGCCCAUGCAGCCACGUCGUAAACCCAGUCGAGGGAGCCGUGAGUGGGAAAGAAACCAGAACCUCAUUAAUGCUUGUACCAAGGACAUGCCACCCAUGGUCACCCCUGUUAUUUCUACAGACCUGCCCCUGAGAAGCUCACCUGGUCACAUUCCCAGUGUGGUAGUCUUGCCCCUGCCGCAGCAUCAGCAUCAACUUCAACCUCACCUGCAGCAAAACUACCAGCACGAGUACGUGGAACAGCCUCAUCACAGCGACCUGAGCAUGAGCCAUGGUGUCAUGGAAGACCAGGGGGCCACGCUGGAGUACAAGGCAGGAAAGAGCCACAUGGUGGAUCCAGAUGGGGUGCUGCCACCUCGCGUGCCCCAACGAGAGGCCUCUCUCACCGUCCCUCCUGCUGUCCCACAGAUGGGCAAACGCCUGGAGGUCCACUCGUCAGUGUACGGCCUCCGGAAAGGAUCGGCAUCUGCUGUUUCUGGGUCCUCUGCCCUCAAGAAGCAUAACACCAACUCUUCUAACUCCUCCCAUUUGGCGAGACAUCACAGCUUCCGUGUGGAGACGCCACCACCUGCCCCCCAGAGGGUGGACUCCAUACAAAUGACAGCACAGGGCAUUUCGCUAUCACGGCAGCCCGGAGCGAUCUCGUAUGGCUCACUGCCUCGAACAGGCAUCAAGCACCUCAAGCCUGAUGUCCCACCAAAACCAUCUGUAGUCUCACUGUCAACAAAAGUCAAGUCCAGUGACUCUGGCACAUAGUCAGCUUUCAGCCCGUUAAUCCAAUGUGAACAGACAAACGUCAAGGGAGUUUUCCUAAGAGGACGUAAAAACAGGGAACACUGUACAACCGGCAUCUCGUUUAGUGCUUUUGUUUGUUUGUUUGUAUGUUUUUGGUGUACAGUACAGUGGAAAAAUCUUUUUUUUUUCUAAGAAAACUUACUUUUUAUAUAAAUAUGUAAAUAUAAAAUGGUUGUUGUCUGUUGCUGCUGUCACCAAGCUCAUGCUUUGUCAACUAAAAUGGGAGGAAUGUGCUGCUGAUGGAAAAAUAAGACGAACCCCGUCCUGAAUAUUUCAUCCGUUCGGCACCUUGUAGCAUCCGAGACGGUGGCCCGUUGAGUCUUUGGCCGUUGGGACUUGGACACAUUUUCAUGCCAAUAAAAGCACACGAGGAGCUAGCACGCAGGAGGGCUGAGGUAGGAGAGCGAUGGUUGUACAGUACCUUGAUUACUCGAGAGUCUGAGCGAGAGAGCUCAGAGCCACGGACUAAAAGGACAGGCGACUGCCUCAUUUCUGUUGGAAACUGUGAAAAGCAUCUCAGUGUUACAGCAAUCAAGACCUGCCUGGGUUUUCCCUGAAAGCCCGGCCAGAAGAAUCUUCUACUGUACUGGAACUAAAUAUUACGUGACUGUUAAUACUAAUAGCUUGUUGUAUUUAUUUUUAUUAAGUUCUUUUAAGGAAAAAAAAAAACAAGAAAAAAAUCAAACAAACUGACUUUCUAGGCUCGGACAGAGAGAAGAUCUUUUAAUAUUAAUUAUUCAAGUGAGGAAAAAAAUAUUUAAAGUCAUUAAACUGGAGCCAGUAGAACUUUUUCAUUGACUAAAAGGUCCAGAAGGUCUUAUUGUGUCCUCAGUGGGACCAACAGAGAGGAGGAGGUGAUAUUUAUUUAAACUGUGCCAGACUCUUAAUUUCAUCUUCACAGACUAGAGUUUCCAUUGUUUUGAACCAAUCAUAAAAGACCUCCUGGAUCUCACCCCUUUACUCCUCUGAGGAGCCCCCCCACCCCCCACCCCCCUCUUCAACCAGCACUGUGGUUUUCUGAGUCAGAAACACUUUGUCCUGACUAGAAUCUGGCUUACUAGUGCCAUCCAAGCUCACCGUUGCAGCUGACGCGACGGCGCAGGAAUCAGACAAUAGACGCUGAAAAAGAAGCCGUAGGUGAGGCCGCGAGCUCGCUGAGCGCCGCCUCCGACGUCGCAGCGUAUCGUCCGGUGACAUCACACGGACCGGGCAGGCGAAAGCAACGAAGACGUCUGUUACGCUCACUUCUUUUUUCCACAUGUAAAUUUGUGCCUUACACCCUCAAGUAGUGACAAUGUUUUCUUUAAUAGCUGUUAACUUUGUGUCCUUGUUGUUUUUCUUUUUACUUCCUGCUUAUUUUUCUCACGUCACGAUAUUUCCCUGGUUUGAUAUAUGAAAAAAAAGCAAUUAAAGAAUGUAGGUGUUAUUGUUGUAAUUCUGGUUCAUAGACAUUAACACACUUACAUCUGUUUUUUUUUCUCCUACAGACACACAAACACACACUUUUGUGGUUAAUUUGUCAUCGUGCCAACAAUGCGCUUAAAGCAGCCCUUUAUGUUGUGCCGGCUGUGUCGAUGAAGACGUUGUGUUUUGUUUUCUUUUAUACAAGUCCUGGUAUGUGUUUCUCAUCUGUUUAGCGUGAUGGUCAGUUGACUGAACCGUUGACGUUUGUUACUUGGAGAGAAGGCCAAGUGUGUGUGUGUCUGUAUCUUUGUGGUGCACUGCAUUAAUUAAUGAAACCACCGUAGAAAACGUACAGUAUGAGACACACAAAAGCCCCUAAAAUGACUGAACAGCUUAUUUCUUAAGCAGUUGCAAAAACAGGCUGGUUCCUGUGGAAGAAAAGCUGGCAUUUUGAAGCAAUACUCUAAACUGUUCUCCAUUUAACCCCCUUUUGUAAGAAAAGAGAAACUGAAGAUGUUCUGAGGUACUUUUUUUUUUUUUGCUUCACCAACUCAUUAUCCAGGCCUUAGGAGUGACCGAGCGUUUGACUAAUGUGAUAUUUUGCUUGGUUUUAUUUGUACUCUGAGAUUUUUAUUGAUCACUUCACCCCUUCACCUAAACACUUAAACUGGAGCACUCUCCCAGUGUUGUAUGUGUAGAACAUUUUUCUGUUUCUCAAUGGAGGAAAGCCAACAAUGUGUGAAACCGUAGCUAACCCAAGAGCGACGUGUGGGAUCUGGGAUUUCGUUUUCAGGAGUGAGUGGAUGCUUGUUGGGUUUGGCUCAAAAAGACGAUUUACGAGGUAAAAAAAAAAAGACGGAGGUAUGGCGCCCUGUGAGGGCCAGGUGUUGGAAUGAAAGGAUUAUCAGUUUGUCUGUUUAGUAAAGUCAUGUGCUUGCAUUUGCUACAUCAGCAUAAGCGGGUGUUGCAUUGAGCUUUGUUUCUGAUGCAAACCUGACAGGGUGGAUUUGAAACUUAGAAACGGAAUUAAACACGACACUGGUGUUAAAACGAGCUCAGACAGAAAUAAUGCUCAACAUUAUCAGUAUGAUUGUUUAAAAUGAUCAAAUACUUUUACAUAUUAGACAUUUCAAUGUCAUUCCAGUACAAACGUGUAGGUUGGUUAAUUUAGAAGAUCUUUUUUAUGUUUUUUUUAGGGCCGGGACUUUAACGCGUUAAUUAUGAUUAAUUAAUUUUUUUUAAAUGACGCGUUAAAAAAAUUUACGCAUUUAAUCACAGCUUGCAUUUCGAGAAAAGCGGAACCUUUGUUAUUGCACGAUUUCCUCGUAGACCGAAUAUCACUGAUGCACACAACAAUGCACAGUGCUAAUGGCUACGAAAACGUAAUAAAAACAGAAAGAAGUUGCCUUGCUUGGACUGAUGCAGGAUUUAGGAAACACGUCCACCUCGUUUCUUAACGUGGAAAAGAAAACUUCCAGACAACAACGGAGUCCGUGUCGCGGACAUUUUUCAGAGAUCGUCUCUGCUGCGGCUGCCCGGUGGCACCGGAAACUUUACAAAAGUUGCGGUAAGCUAUAUUUUUAACAUUUACGUAACAUCUGUGCAGCGCUGAAAGCACCAGACAGAAUAAUUCUUUGUCUUAACAGUAGUUUAUGAAAGUAGUCAGACAAACGAGAGGCACCUGGCUGCCGCUGGGAGAACACUCCGUGUUCUCACUACUCUGUAAACAAUCACAAACAACAUGUCUUAAAGUUGAAAACAGAAGUUUAAGUUAAAACAGAAACACUCUAAAAAUGCGAUUAAUUUAGAUUAAUUAAUUACAAAGCCUCUAAUUAAUUAGGUUACAUUUUUUAAUUGAGUCACGGCCCUAGUUUUUUUAUUUUGUUUUCAGAUUGUUAUCAACACCUCGGCGACACCAAUACUAAAAACGACAUGAUAUUUAGUCAUUUUUUUGUACGUAAACCCAGAAGUCACACAGAUUACCUGGGUCAAAAUACAACUUAUGUUGUAAACAACAAAGUCGUAUUGUAUCUUACCCCUACUGCACACUGGAAGCAUCAGCGGCGCGGAACGGCGCCGCUUCAAAUAGAAUCCAUUUUAGAGUGUUACAAACCAGCCGCAAAGCAGCGAUUUUCAGACGCGUCCCAGAAGCGGCAUGCCUCUAAAAAUAGGGCCGGGUUCUUUUUUUUUUUGCCACGAGCUGCUUCUGCUAUGCGUACAUUUCCGCAGUUAACAUCAGGCUAGACAGGAAGACAUACGGUUUCAGCAUAAAAUCCCCGGUAAAUUUCAAAAUAAAAGUAAUGCAUCUAUGCAUUUAUAUAUAUAUGUAGCUUACGUGCGACCCAACGACUUAUUUACUCGCAGUAUUAUACCAGAAGUGCAACGGUGUGUUAUUUGUGUCUUUAAUCACGGCAGUGAAGAGGAACAGCAUCAUGUGUGACAUCAAACAGCGAUAGCAAUGAGAUUUCCUUCUUUUUGGUUUAACGGCAGAGUGCACAAACAAACCAGGACCUUUGAAGUCUUGCGAGGAGCACGGCAGAGAAGCCGCCCGUUGUGCACCGGAGUGCUGUGAUUGUCGCGAGUAAACCUUUCCGUUGCUGUUACGCACCGCUGAUGCUUCCAGUGUGCAGUAGGGGUUAGAAACGAUUACGUAUGACAAAUGGCUCGCAUUUAUGCCUUUCAGAGUCAUGUAUACACUACAGAGUAUACAUGACUGAGGAAGUUUUUUUCUUCUCCAACACAAUGAUGCUCUUUAGCAAAACCGCGCACAUGGUUUACUAAACAGAAAGAGAAAUUUUACAUCAAUUUCAGUAUUUUUAAGAUUUCUAUAUUUGACCCUUGCUGGGCUCCAUAGCGUUCAAGUGAAUCUCAGUUUGAAACAUGAUCUGAAGGCAUUUAUAUAAUUAUUCAAGCAAUGACCUCCAAGUUGGACCAAGAUUAGCAUAAAUGCUGUAUCUAAGAACAAGAGUCCCCUUUUCCCCACCUGAGUCCAUAAACCAGAACAUUCCACUGAAUAUUCCUUGUUCAGAAGGCCUGCGGAAGAAUUGUCAUGUUGACACAGAAUGUGAACAAUGCUAAACGUCCACAUCCUGUGUAGACAGGUGAUUUUAGCUGUGGGUGUUUUUAAGCUUCAGCAGCAGGAAGUGAGCUUUGGUUUAGGGUGAACUGUGAAGGCUGUUGUGGACAGUGAGGUUCUUUAGUGUGUGCCUUUUUGUCUUUCACCCUUGUUAUAAUUCACGGCUGUUAGAUGCAAAUCGACUUCUCAAACUUUUGACUUUGUAAGCUUGUAAGAUAUUGUGACGUCACAGAGUUUUUUGCCCUCUUAUCUCCACUUCCUUAACAUAUGAUUCACAGCUUAAUGUAUGUUGUAAAGACAAAACUCUUUAAUUUAAUGCAAAAUGUAAUUAAAAAAAGAAAAUAAAAUUCUUGUCAUGAA